AUGAAAUGGACGGAAUUUAGGCAACAAAUGCAUUCACGUCGUUAUGUUUAUGGCGGUGUGUAUGAAAGUUUUAACGCUUUUUUUUUUUUUUUUCUUUAUGGAUCAACCGCUAAGACCUUCUUUCCCUUUUUUCCUUAUUGCGUGGGUCUGUGUCAGCAUGUGUGUGGCUUUCACUUCCUGUUUCAUAUAUAUAUAUAUAUAUAUAUAUAUAUAUAUAUUAAUGCUUUUAUUUGUAAAAUUUGUGUGUUCUUUUGGAUCGCAGGGGUCAAGGGGUCAAGGACGGUGCGAUGUCAGGUGUCAACAGUGACAGGGGGGGGCAGGCGGAAGAUGUUUGCAGCGCUUCUGGAAGCUCUUUCGUCACCCCACAUGCCACACACACAAAAAAAAAGUCAUUUGUAUCGACUGUGGGGCCUGGAGCCGCUGCCGUGCAUGAUGUCCGUGGAAAACAGAGCAACGUUCUCUUCUAGCAGCUUUAUUAUGGAUGGAUUGAUGAAUACACUGCAAGGGCCGCACGGAAAGAAACUAAAUAAAUCCCGCUGCCACCGCCAGCAGAGGAGGCGCGGUUGUACGAGGCGGGGUGGAAAUUGUGACGUCAGAUGGAAGCAGACAUGCCCCCAUGACACGCAAACUAACCGUUUCUGCACAAAGAGGUUUGGUACUGUAGAGAGCCAUGGAUCCUGGGUCAGUUGUGUUGGGUUGGAUACAUGCGUCAGUCGAACGAGCCGCAAUCAUUACUUGCUGGGAGUGGAGUGGAACGUUCAACCAUCACACCGGCUGCCAAUUUCUGGUUUGGCGGCACGUACGCACGACAGUGUGGUUUAUGGUUGA